AUGGUGCUUCAAGACCUCGGUCGCCGCAUCAAUGCGGCGGUGUCCGACCUCAAUCGGGCGCCAAAUCUCGACGAAAAGGCCUUCGAAGCUAUGAUCAAGGAGAUCUCCUCGGCCCUCCUCGAAGCAGACGUCAACGUGCGGCUCGUCCAACAGCUCCGCAAGUCGAUAAAAUCAACAGUCAACUUCAAGGAGCUCGCGCCAGCGGUCAACAAGAAGCGCCUCAUCCAGAAGGCCGUGUUCGACGAGCUAGUCGACCUCGUCAACCCUCACCACGAGGCGUACAAGCCCAAGAAGGGCCGGUCCAAUGUCAUCAUGUUCGUCGGUUUGCAGGGUGCCGGAAAGACAACCACCUGUACGAAGUUGGCCAGGCACUACCAGGCGAGAGGGUUCAAGGCCUGUCUAGUGUGCGCAGAUACCUUCCGUGCGGGCGCCUUCGACCAGCUGAAGCAGAACGCCACCAAGGCCAAGAUCCCCUACUACGGCAGCCUAACGGAGACGGACCCUGCCGUGGUCGCCAAGGAGGGCGUGGACAAGUUCAAGAAGGAGAAGUUCGAGGUCAUCAUCGUCGAUACAUCCGGCAGACACAGGCAGGAAUCGGCACUGUUUCAGGAGAUGGUGGACAUCCAGAGCGCUGUCAAGCCAGAUGAGACCAUCAUGGUGCUAGACGCCAGCAUAGGCCAGCAGGCAGAGGCGCAGGCAAAAGCCUUCAAGGAGGCAGCAGAUUUUGGCGCCAUCAUCAUCACCAAGACGGACGGUCAUGCGAGCGGAGGUGGCGCCAUCUCAGCCGUCGCCGCCACACACACGCCCAUCGUCUUCAUCGGCACGGGCGAGCACAUGCUCGACCUCGAGCGCUUCGUUCCCAAGCAAUUCAUCUCCAAGCUCCUCGGCAUGGGCGACAUGGCCGGGCUGGUGGAGCACGUGCAGUCUCUGAAGCUGGACCAGAAAGACACCAUCAAGCACAUCACCGAAGGCGUGUUCACUAUCCGCGACCUGCGCGACCAGCUGCAGAAUAUCAUGAAGAUGGGUCCCCUGUCCAAGAUGGCAGGCAUGAUCCCCGGCAUGUCCAACAUGAUGCAGGGCAUGGACGACGACGAGGGUAAUGCCAAGCUCCGCCGCAUGCUCUACAUCUGCGACUCUAUGACCAAGAAGGAACUCGACUCGGACGGCAAGAUGUUCAUCGACCAGCCCGAACGCAUGACCCGCGUCGCCAAAGGGUCAGGAACCAGCGUCAGGGAAGUCGAGGAUCUGCUGACGCAGCAGCGCAUGAUGGCCGGCAUGGCCAAGAAGAUGGGCGGCAACAUGAAGAACAUGCAGCGCGCCCAGGCUGCCAUGGGCGGCGGUAAUAAGGCACAGCAGAUGGCAGCCAUGCAGAAGCGUCUCCAGAGCAUGGGUGGUGGCGCCGGCGGUGCAGGUGGCAUGCCAGAUCUCAGCAGCAUGAUGAAGAUGCUGGGUGGUGGUGGUGGCGGCGGCCCUGGCGGCGGCGGCGGCAUGCCUGGCGGGAUGGACAUCAAUGCUAUGAUGAAGCAGAUGGGUGGAAUGAUGGGCGGUUUGGGACAGGGCGGCCGUGGUGGGCGCAGAUAA